GGAGCGCGAGGUCGGAUGGCGCGCGAGCGGCGGCGGCGGGCGGGCCCGGAGGGCGUGCGAGCGCAGGAGCGGGGUCCUCGCGGGCCCGGGCGGCGGGAGCGGGGGGCGGCCGGGGACGCGAGGCCGGCGCUUUUCGUGCUGCCGGCGUUGCUGCUGCUGCUGCUGCUGCUGCUGGGCUGCGGCCUUUACGCCCGGUGGGGGCCCGCCGCGCGCCUGGUGGCCCCGCACGCCUCGCCCCGCGCCCUCCCGCCCGGCAGCACCGGCCCCGUCGCCGCGCCCGCCCGCUUCUGGGGCUCCUACCGGCCCCAGGUCUACUUCGGCAUGAAGACGCGCAGCCCGCGCUCGCCGGUGGCAGGCUUAAUGUGGCUGCAGCAGCUGGAGGGGGACGUGCGGCUGCGGCACACCUGCGAACAGAGCGACGGCCUCCCUCGCUACGGCUGGCUGCUUCACGACGGCACCCAUUUUGGGGUGCAGGAGAUCCAAGACCUGGGCUUCAGCCUGCAGACGGAGGUUGUGAAGCGUCCCGGCGGGCAACACGGCGGAGACUGGAGCUGGAGAGUGACGGUUCGCCCAGAAAGGACGGGGCCCACGCCUCCCUUCAUUUCCCUCCUUUUCUACGUGGCAACCGAUGGGCAAGGAAGACUGCAGCCUCUGAUAGAGGAGAAGAGUCGGCUGGCAUCACUAAGAGGACAGACAGAAGAACUGGGGAAUUUCACUGUGACAUUCAAGCCGCCCACCACAGAGACCGGCACCCCCCUUUAUGCCAGGUAUAAUCACCUGCAGGCGAUGGCGGAAGGACUGCAUCGCCUGACUGACGUGGUGAAAUCAAGCCUGAGACCACGGUUUUCCUACGCUCCACCGGGGCUUCCCAAGCGCCAUUACUUUGGCGUGGACGUCUAUCAAGGCCAAGCAGGGGACAGAGAGUUACGCAGCCAGCUCCUAAUUCACCAGGUGACGGUGGCUGUGCCCUGCCGCGUUGAAGUGGCUUUUGAGUCGGGCAGUGUGCCUGACCGUCCAGACCGGCUCCUGGCAGAGACGCUGACGCAAGAACUGGACAAACAUGUGGUCGCCUUUGAGCAGCGCUUUGAGGAGACCUUCGGCCUCUCCCGUAAGGGCUUCUCUGAGCAGGAGCAACACUUUGCCCGGGCUCUUCUCAGCAACAUGCUGGGCGGGAUGGGCUACUUCCAUGGGCACUCGCUGGUUCAGUCCCCCUACACAGAGGCCCCCCAGCCAUACCCUGCAGGGUCUCUCUUCACAGCAGUGCCCUCCCGCUCCUUCUUUCCCCGGGGCUUCCUGUGGGAUGAAGGCUUCCACCAGCUCCUCCUCGCACGCUGGGACCCAGCCCUGAGCCGGGAGGUGCUGGCUCACUGGUUCGACCUCAUGAACGUUGAGGGCUGGAUCCCCCGCGAGCAGAUCCUGGGGGACGAAGCCCUGGCAAAAGUGCCCCCGGAGUUUGUGGUGCAGCACAGCCAGGCGGGCAACCCUCCCACUUUCUUCUUAGUGCUGCAGCAGUUGCUCAGGCAAGGGGCGGUGGAGCAGGGCUACCUCCGCCGCAUUUAUCCUCGCCUGCAAAGCUGGUACGGCUGGUACAAUCACACGCAGGCAGGACCCUUGCCCUACACCUUCCGAUGGCGUGGCCGGGACCAGGACACUCAGCUUUUCCUGAACCCUAAAACCCUGACCUCUGGGCUGGACGAUUAUCCCAGGGCCUCCCACCCCUCGGAGGAUGAGCGUCACCUGGAUUUGCGCUGUUGGAUGGCCGUAGCCUCCGCUGUGAUGGCCGAGGUGGCCACACGGGUGGGAGAAGCGGAGAACGACUACACACACAUGGCUGAGUGGCUCGCAGACAAUGAACUGCUGCAGCGGCACCACUGGUCGGAGGCACUAAACACUUUUGCUGACUAUGGCAACCACACCCAGGGGGUGGCCCUGGAGCGCGAGCGCCUUCGGCCCCCUCCUCCUGGCCAACCCUCGCCCAUUCCAAGGCUGGUCCGAGUGGUCCGCAAAUCACCACGGUUGCAGUUUGUGGGAGGGGCUCUUGGCUAUGUGAGCCUCUUCCCCCUGCUACUGCAGCUCCUGCGCCCUGAUUCCCAGCAGCUGGGCAGCCUCCUGGCAGACAUGAAGAACAAGCAGAAGCUGUGGACGCCCUUCGGCUUGCGUUCUCUGUCGCGUAGCAGCCCCUUCUACCUCAAGCACAACACAGAGCACGACCCCCCUUACUGGAGGGGAGCCGUCUGGAUCAACAUGAACUACCUUGCAGUGCGGGCUUUGCAUCACUACAGCCAAGUCGAGGGGCCCUACCGGGAGGAGGCAUCCAAGCUAUACCAUGAGCUGCGCACCAAUGUCAUUGGCAACGUCCUCCAGCAAUACCUGGACUCUGGCUAUGUCUGGGAGCAAUAUAACGACAGCACAGGCCGGGGGCAAGGGUGUUAUCCCUUCACGGGCUGGUCAGCUCUGGUUGUGCUCAUGAUGGCAGAAGAAUACUGAUUAGCCUGCUGGUGCUCCUGUAUCCCUGGGCAGCUUAGCUGGAGUGGCCGGUGCAGGAUUCUGGCAAAGGGACGCAGGCGUUGACCUUUCCCUCUGCCCUACUUCAUGGGUAGGCAUUCAACUCAAAGUGAGGUGGGCAGUGCCUAAAUGUAAGAAAUUUCAUAUUGAAAUAAAGCUGAGAAGCUUCAAA